UGACUUCACUCGCCAUAUUUUGAGGGUCUGAGCAUGGAGCAUUUCAGGGCAAGCAAACACUUGGUUUGAAGUAUCUUUCACUGUACAUUGCCUUCGGUUCUUGUUGUAGCAGUCUACUGUUGCCUACCUGCCACGGCAUUCCAGGAUAAUUAGCCUACAUUUUUCACCUACUGGCGCUUUGCCAAUAAUAGCUGCUCACGGUCAUAGCGCGAUAGGUACGCGACCUAAUCCAGCAAGCAAACGGUUUGUCACAUGACUGUGCUCACCAUGAGUUUAUUUCCGCGUUCAUUCGGUACAGAAUGAUUUGAUAGAGAGAGGUGCAUACCUGAACCGUUGCGUUCCGCAAAACGCGCCGCCGAGCCAAGGCGAUAUUCUGAGAGGGGACACCGGCAUUAGCAUUGCUUGGACACACGCUGCAGCAAGAACAUGCUCACCCGGGUGAAAUCAGCUGUGGCCAAUUUUAUGGGCGGUAUGAUGGCUGGCAGUUCGAACAGUGAACCUCUCGGUGGCUCCGAUUUACCGCUGAAAUACCCGUACACAAGACCGGAGUUUCUGGGACUGUCACCGGAUGAAAUCGAGUGCUCGGCGGAUCAUAUUGCUCGGCCGAUACUCAUUCUGAAAGAGACGAAGAGGCUGCCGUGGGCCACUGGUUAUGCAGAGGUGAUCAACGCGGGGAAGAGCCAUCUGAACGAAGACCAGGCGUGCUGUGAGGUGGUGGUGGUGAGGAGUAGACCCAGUGCCGGGGGCAACUCCACCUCCAACAGGCCCCCUACCACCCGGAGGAGGUCCUCUCUGCCCAAUGGAGAGGGGCUGGCGCUCAGGGAAAACACUGACGUGGAGCCCGGACUGACCUUCCACUACUGGGGUCUGUUUGACGGCCACGCGGGCUCAGGGGCAGCGGUGGUGGCAUCUAAGCUGCUCCAACACCACAUCAUAGAACACCUCCAGGAGGUCCUGGAUGUCCUAAGGAACCCGGCCCAGCUGGCCCCCAUCAUCCAGGGGGAAGAGCCCACCAACUACCACCUCACCCCCACCACCCACCGGGGCAUCACCAGGGCCGCCUCCCUGCGGGGGGCUGCAGGGGCCCCCGGCUCCCCCAGCCACCCCCCGCCCACCAGGUUCUUCACGGAGAAGAAGAUUCAUCACGAGAGCAUGGUGAUGGGAGCCAUUGAGAACGCCUUUAAAGAGAUGGAUGCCCAGAUUGAGAGAGACAAGGCUGUGUUUAACAUCUCAGGAGGCUGUACUGCUCUGUGUGCACUCUUUUUAUUGGGAAAGCUCUAUGUUGGAAAUGCCGGGGACAGCAGAGCGAUCAUUAUCCAAGGUGGAGAGGUAAUCCCCAUGUCUACAGAGUUUACACCAGAGUCAGAGAGGCAGCGCCUGCAGUUCCUGGCCUACAUGCAGCCGCACCUGUUAGGAGGCGAGUUUACACAUCUGGAGUUCCCGAGACGUGUACAGAGGAAGGAGGUGGGGAAGAGGAUGCUUUACCGGGACUUCACUAUGUCUGGCUGGGCAUAUAAAACCAUUGAGGACGACGACCUGAAGUUUCCCCUAAUCUACGGCGAAGGGAAGAAGGCCCGUGUGUUGGCUACCAUCGGGGUCACCAGGGGCCUGGGAGACCACGAGCUCAAAGUGCAUGACUCCAACAUCUACAUCAAGCCCUUCCUGUCCUGCUGUCCCGAGGUCAAAGUGUACCCUCUGACGCAGUAUGAACAUGGGGUGGAUGACGUCCUGGUGAUGGGGACAGAUGGGCUGUGGGACGUCCUAUCCAACCAGGACGUUGCCGAGGCAGUCACUGGUUUUCUUGCCAACUGUGGCCCUGAUGACCAGUAUAGGUACACGAUGGCAGCUCAGGACUUGGUGAUGAGGGCACGGGGGGUCCUGAAGGACCGAGGCUGGAGGAUAGCCAACGAUCGUCUGGGCUCCGGAGACGACAUCUCUGUCUACAUCAUCCCUCUGAGGUACGGCAACCUGCAGACCUAGCCGUAGCCCAGGCCCAGCUCACCACCACCCACCAUGGGACUCUAGACAGGUUCUGUGUCCAAAAUGACACCCUAUUCCCUAUAUAGUGUCUUACUUUAGGCCAAGGCCAUGACAAGUAUUGCAUUAUGUAGGGAAUAGAGUGCAAUUGUAGGCUUCACCCAACCGGCAGACCUAGCUAAGGUCCAGCUCACCACCCACCAUGGGACUCUAGACAGGCUGCCCCCCUCUACCAUCUAUCCUAUCCCCUCUGUCCUAAAAUCAAUGCCCUGGUGCUCACACAGUGCUUCAUCCCGAAUGGUUUUCCUGAGGAAACAAAAUGGCUGCUGGUUGCUGUACAGUACAGGGUAGCAUGAUUGUUCUUGUCUCUUGUGAAAGGAAGGAAAAUCUCAGGAUGUUCCAAUAUACAGUACCUUCAGUUUCUUCUUGUGUUUCUGUGCUGCAAGGGAACAAAGGACAAUUCUGGAUUUAAAGGCCCACCGGGGCCAUGUAUUUUGUGUAAUUCAUAACCAACCCUUCGUUGUUUUUCAGUAGGCUACGGCUUUUGCAUUGCCAAAUAUUUUCUGAUGCAAUGGAAGAGUAUUGCUUUCACAAAGGCAAUACUUUUCUUAUGGAUAUCGCAUGGGGAAAGACAAAGGGACUCUCUUUCAAAGUGCAAUGCUUUACGGGAUUGUUUUUUUAAUCCUUUUUAGAUGAGAUAUUGUUACUAUAUUACUGAUUAUGAACAAGUAAAAAUGCUUAGAAAUGAAUGGAUUUUAGAUAUCCAUGCUGUACAGUGUAAAGAACCUGUUUUGAGUUGUCUGUAUAUACUGUACGUUAUGAAACCUCUCCUGUCCCUAUGAUCCAUUAUGUACAUAAGUCACUGACCUAGACAGUACAAUCCUACCACAGACAAACUAUAGCGUUCAGCCUUCAGAACUAUUGUUUGGGUGUUCCUCUCCAAGUGUAAGGUGAAUGAAGUCAGUCUUAUGGUCGUUUUAUUGCCAGUGACUAUGUUAAUCUCUCAUUGUUUAUUUUUUCUUAAUUUUGACAGGUUUGUUUUUUCUUUGUCAUUGCGAUGACCCUGAAAGUGGAUUUACUUAAAGGAUGUGAAGAAACACAUUUUAUACAUAACUGUGAAACGGCUACCUCAUGUUUUUGCUUUGUUUUAAACAAGAUAUCCAAUCCCUUGCCCCAGUUUAACCUUUUAUUUUCCUAUUUGUCAAAUACUUGUUUGCAUCAUCCUGUUUGCAUGCUCGUUUACUUUUCAAAUAUGAAACAGCCAUUCCUUAAUUAAUUGUCACUAGUUUUCAUACCAAUAUAGCUUAGUUUAGCUCUGUAACAAAAUAUUAGGAAAAGUGUUCUGUAUAGCGACAUGAAUAGGAUUAAAAUGGGUCAAGUUUACUGAAUGUUCUUACAGCUGAAUCCUAAAUUGAGACAUUGUUGUCAUUUUAUCUUAUUGAGGCAAAUGCUUGAUUUAUGCUAAAGUUCAAGUUACUAGUGUGGAUCUCUCAUAUGAACAUUCAGUUCUUGAAGGCUAGAACUACAUCCCUUAAGCAGAUACAUUGAUUAGCAUGUGCUUGGGAGAAACACAUGAGAUUAAAUUGAAUGCUGGUAUGAAAACUGUGGCUCUGUUUUUUUUUGUUUUUAAGUGAUCUUUACUUGUAGUUUACUGAACAUGUGUCACAACUCAGGGAGCUAUGUGACUAAUUAUCAUGCCGGAUGCUAUACAGAAAAUGUGUAUGUAACAGAGGAGGCUGGUGGGAGGAGAUUUAGGAGGACCGGUUCAUUGUACAGACUGGAAUGGAAUAAAUGGACUGGUAUCAAACAUGGAAACCAGGUUUGACGCUGUUCAUUCAAUGCCAUUCCAGCCAUUACAAUGAGCCUGUCCUACAGCUCCUCCCACCAGCCUCCUCUGCUCUGUACAGGAAUUCUUAUUUUAUCCUGAAUCCUUUUGUUAUUAUGCAGUCUGGUAUUUACACUUUGCUGAACAAUACUCUGCAAACUAACCAUUUAGGGCAUUAACCUGAAUCGAUUGCUGUUCAGAUACAGUAUGAAGGAUGUACAGUGUAUUCUUGUGUUUCCACCUCUUCCAUUUUCUGGAUUAGAAAAUGGAGGAUGUAAUGCCAGGUGAACUUCCUUUAUUCAAUGCAGUAUGAUGACAAUGUUCCUGGAUGUCCAGUCAUGAACUACACUAAUGGACACUGUACACAUCUCUCCUACUGCCGUGGGACCUCUACUGAUGCCACUGGCGCUCUAAAAACACUCACACAGUCACUAUGAUGUCAGAAUUUGGGACUUGCUAGAUGUCGUUUUAAGUUGAUUCAUCUCUGAGUUGUUUAGAAACGUUGUUAGGGAGGUGUUGAUGUCCGAUGUGUGUGUCGCUGACUAAGACUGCACUGUUUCUAAUCCAAUCAAAUUAGUCUAGUCAUGGCCUAAUCCAUGUUAAUUUGUCUCUGUUCCUUUUAAUGUAUUUGGCAUGUUUAUUUUAAAGCUGUUUCAAAGUGUUUUUGUUCUGAUAACACCAACUUUACUAAUCUAUUUCUCUGACUGACCUGCUCAAAACAUUGCAGAAAGAGGCCCAGGGCUCUCUUCAGUCUGGAUCACCGAAGCGAUACAGAUUGUGUGAUAGAAAUGUAAAGGAAAUUUCCAAUUGAGCCGAUUUAAGCAGUGUUUACCGUGAAUGCAGUCUCUGCUAUCGUGGGAACAUUGGCUUUACAUUUCAAUCACACUGUAACGCUAAACUUACUCAAUACAGUUGAAGUCGGAAGUUUACAUAUACCUUAGACAAAUACAUUUUAAACUUAGUUUUUCACAAUUCCUGAUAUUUAAUCCAAGUAAAAAUUCCCUGUCUUAGGUCAGUUAGGAUCACCACUUUACUUUAAGAAUGUGAAAUGUCAGAAUAAUAGUAGAGGGAAUGUUUUAUUUCUUUCAUCACAUUCCCAGUGGGUCAGAAGUUUACAUACAUUCAAUUAGUAUUUGGUAGCAUUGCCUUUAAAUUAACUUGGGUCAAACGUUUCAGGUAGCCUUCCAAAAGCUUCCCACAAUAAGUUGGGUGAAUUUUGGCCCAUUCGUCCUGACAGAGCUGGUGUAACUGAGUCACGUUUGUAGGCCUCCUUGCUUGCCCACACAUUUUCUAUAGGAUUGAGGUCAGGGCUUUGUGAUGGCCACUCCAAUACCUUGAUUUUGCUGUCCAUAAGCCAUUUUGCCACAACUUUGGAAGUAUGCUUGGGGUCAUUGUCCAUUUGGAAGACCAUUUGCGACCCAAGCUUUAACUUCCUGACUGAUGCCUUGAGACGUUGCUUCAAUAUAUCCACAUAAUUUUCCUCCCCCAUGAUGCCAUCUAUUUUGUGAAGUGCACCAGUCCCUCCUGCAGCAAAGCACCCCCACAACAUGAUGCUGCCACCCCUGUGCUUCACGGUUGGGAUGGUGUUCUUCGGCUUGCAAGCUUCCCCCUUUUUCCUCCAAACAUAACGGUGGUCAUUAUGGUCAAACAAUUCUAUUUUUGUUUCACCAGAGGACAUUUCUCCAUGUGCAGUUGCCAAACCAUAGUCUGUCUUUUUUAUGGCGGUUUUGGAACAGUGGCUUCUCCCUUGCUGAGCGUACUUUCAUGUUAUGCCGAUUAUAGGACACGUUUUACUGUGGAUAUAGAUACUUAUGCACCUGUUUCCUCCAGCAUCUUCACAAGGUCCUUUGCUGUUGUUCUGGGAAUAAUUUGCACACUUUGCCACAAAGUAUGGUCAUCUCUAGGAGACAGAACGCGUCUCCUUCCUGAGCGGUAUAAGGGCUGCGUGGUCCCAUGGUAUUUAUACUUGCGUACUAUUGUUUGAACAGUUGAACAUGGUACCUUAAGGCGUUUGGAAAUUGCUUUCAAGGAUGAACCAGACUUGUGGAGGUCUCCAAUUUUUUUUCUGAGGUCUUGGCUGAUUUCUUUUGAUUUUCCCCUGAUGUCAAGCAAAGAGGAUCACUGAGUUUGAAGGUAGGCCUUGAAAUACAUCCACAUGUACACCUCCAAUUGACUCAAAUUAUGUCAAUUAGCCUAUCGGAAGCUUCUAAAGCCAUUCAACCAAGGGUAUGUAAACUUCUGACCCACUGUAAUUGUGAUUAAGUGAAAUAAUCUGUGUAAACAAUUGUUGGAAAAAUUACUUGUCAUGCACAAGGUCUUAACUGACUUGCAAAAACUAUAGUUUGUUAACAAGAAAUUUGUGGAGUGGAUGAAAAAUGAUUUGUAAUGACUCAAACCUAAGUGUAUGGAAACUUCCGAAUUCAACUGUAUGUAUUGAAUAGAGCCUGAAGCAGAAUGUAAACAUAGAAGUAAAGGAUACUUCUAGAACAAUUCUCUCCUUUGUACUACUGUAUGUGCUCUACAUGGUUCUUAAGCCCCAAGUAAAGAAAUGAAGUAAACAGGCAUUUGUAAUGUUUUGGAAAAUGCAUAGAAGAAAAUAAUUUGAAGGAUUGCUUUUCAGAUGGAUUAAAAAUACUAUGAGCUGA